AUGGCCCAUAAAAUCCAAUUAUGGAUUCUGGCCUCCUCACACAACAUCCUACUAUAUAUAUCCGCAGCACAGUUCUUCUAUUGCAGUUUGCACCUUUUUGUGGAUCGCGCGAAGAUAAGCCGGCCAAUGGAAGAGGAUGUCCCUGGAAUGAAUGAGGAAGAGGAAUUCAACACUGGUCCGCUUUCUGUCUUGAUGAUGAGUGUUAGGAAUAACACACAGGUGCUUAUCAAUUGCCGGAAUAACAAGAAGCUUCUGGGCCACGUGAGAGCUUUUGACCGCCACUGCAACAUGGUGCUCGAGAAUGUGCGUGAAAUGUGGACUGAGGUGCCCAAGACUGGUAAAGGGAAAAAGAAAGCUCUUCCAGUUAAUAAAGACCGUUUUAUUAGUAAGAUGUUUCUCCGUGGAGAUUCUGUGAUCAUUGUCCUUCGUAAUCCAAAGUGA